UCCGCCCCUGCCUGCAGCGUGUCGCGCGGCCACUCGACCAAAAACCGACCAUCCGUAGGAGCCGAAGCAACAGCGACCCCAGCCAGCCCAGCCUCCUCGUCGCGGGCGAUCGAGCCGCCGUGUGAUGCCAGAAUAGGAAGAACGACCAGAAUCGCCCCCCUCCGUCUGCUCCGCGGUCCAAAUCCGAUCCAAUCGACCCAUUUUGGCGGGCUCGCGCGUUCCGUUCUCCCCGUUCGUUCGCCUGCUCAUCAGGUUUUUCCUUGUGCCGCUGCUGUUCCGGGAUUCGAUCGCAGAACGUUGGGCGGAUCUUGUUGGGGACGCGUAGAGUUUUCGGCAGAUUUUGUCGGACUGGCGACGCCUGAAGGUGAUUCAAGCGUGCUUGUAUUGCAAGAGGCAGUUACCUAGUGCGGAGGAAAAAAUACCACUGCGCCCAUCCAGGUACAUUUGUUUAGUUCUGAUGAGAGUGUUCUGAUGGAAGAGAGGAGCGUUUUGAUGGAACGUUAUGAAGUUGGGAGACAAUUAGGACAAGGGACCUUUGCAAAGGUAUACUAUGCUCGUAAUCUAACCAACGGUCAGUCUGUCGCCAUAAAAAUGAUUGAUAAGGAGAAAGUCUUGAGAGUCGGCCUCAUGGAUCAGAUAAAGAGGGAGAUCUCGAUAAUGAGAUUGGUAAGGCAUCCAAACGUUCUGCAACUUUUUGAGGUCAUGGCUACUAGGAGCAAGGUUUACUUCGUUUUGGAGUAUGCUAAAGGUGGCGAGCUUUUCAACAAAAUAGCCAAGGGGAAGCCUAGUGAGGAGUCUGCAAGAAAAUAUUUUCACCAACUGAUAUGUGCUGUAGAAUAUUGCCACAGUCGAGGUGUUUAUCAUCGUGACUUGAAGCCUGAAAACCUAUUACUGGAUGAGAAUGAAAUCCUUAGGGUCUCUGAUUUUGGUUUAAGUGCGCUAACCGAGUCAAAGAGACAUGAUGGUCUGCUCCACACCGCUUGUGGAACUCCGGCAUAUGUUGCUCCUGAAGUAAUCAGUAGGAAAGGCUACAGCGGUGCGAAGGCAGAUGUAUGGUCUUGUGGAGUGAUUCUGUUUGUUCUUGCAGCCAAUUACCUUCCUUUCCACGAAAGAAACCUCAUUGAGAUGUAUAGAAAGAUUUCAAAAGCUGAGUACAGAUGCCCUCGUUAUUUUUCCACUGAGCUGAGGGAGCUCCUUCAUGGAAUCCUUGAUCCAGAUCCUAAUACUAGGAUGUCCAUCUCAAGGAUAAAGAGAAGUGCUUGGUACAGGAAGCCCACUGAGAUAACAGCACUGAAAUCUGAUAAAGAAAAGACUGGUGAAGCUAUUACCUCCGGCCUUAUGGGUGACAACGGUGCAAAGGGAAGACCAUCUAACCUGGCACGCUUGAAUGCAUUUGGCAUCAUUUCUCUCUCGUCGGGAUUUGAUCUAUCUGGUUUGUUUGAUGAAAGAUAUAGCCAAAGGGAGGCUCGGUUCACUUCCGAACAGCCAGCAACAACGAUAUUUGUGAAGCUGAAGGAACUGGCCCAACGCUUAAAGCUCAAAGUAACAAAGAAAGACAACGGAGUGUUGAAAUUGGCCACAACGAGGGAAGGCAAGAAAGGUAUCCUUGAGCUUGAUGCAGAGAUUUUUGAGGUUGCACCGUCUUUGCUCUUAGUCGAGUUGAAAAAGACCAGUGGGGACACGAUGGAGUACCAGAAGCUGCUGAAAGAGGACUUUAGACCAUCACUUAAGGAUAUUGUUUGGGCAUGGCACGGCGAUACUCAGCAGCAGGGACAGCUACCUCAGCAUGCAAAGCAACAACAGCAACAGUCGAAUCUGCCACCACUUCCACCACAGCGGUGACAAGAUUAGCGGAAAAUGUUUUCCCCACCACUGCCACAGUAAGCCAGCUGGAAUCGGUAUUGAAUACACACAUAACAAAGAAAUUUGCUGUGUCCGUCACAACACGCACGGCCAAAUUUCUAAAAGUCUUGACCUAUUAACAAGCCCUUUACCAGUAAAUCUGCAUGUAGUUAGAUGUCUAUCAAUACUGGAAAUGGAAACUCAAUUGUUUGCCAUUUCUGUGAAAUUGAAAAGCUUGUAUGUACAGAAACGGUGCCUUCCUCUUUAGAUUUCAAUCACUGCAGAAAACAGUGUGCUCAUAAUUCCAGUAUUUAAUGUCUGUAAAUUUCCCUUAUUUUUAUCAUGAGGGAAUCUAUCGUUUUUCUGUAUCUAUUGAGAUUUGUUAACUUG